CCAUGACGAACAAUAUCAACGACCGGCUCCAGACGAUUGGCAACAACGCCAAUUCGAACUGGCUCCUCGACGAUGGCCUGCGCCGUCUCAACUUCUGGAUGUUCAUGUGCCUCAUCUCGUCGUACGGCGCCGGCUACGAUGGCUCCCUGUUUACCGGCCUCCUCACCCUCAAGCCCUGGUUUGCCGCCAUGUUUGACUUCAGCAAAGGGCCCCCCCAGCCGACGUUCAUCGGCGUCAUUGGUCUCUCGGGUGUCGUCGGCAUCAUCGCCGGUCCCUUUGUGGGGCAGUGGAUCAGCGAUCGGUACGGAAGACACCGUGCGAUGAUCGUCGCCUCCUUUGUCGCAAUCAUCGGUGGCAUCCUGACCAUCAUCACCCUGCCUGAACCGACGCACCAGCGCAACCUGUUCAUCUGCGCCAGGGUCGUCAUCAGCCUUGGCGGCGGCAUCUCCAUGGUCGCCGCGCCCGUGCUCAUGACCGAGCUCAGCCACCCGCGCCAGCGUCCCGUCGUUGCAGCUCUGUACCAGUGCGGCUUCUACCUUGGCUCCGUCGUGGCUGCUUGGAUCACCUUUGGCACCAACUCGUGGGCCUCUUCGUGGUCGUGGCGCGUGCCCUGCUUGAUCCAGAUUGCCCCCUUUGUCGUGCAGUUGGCCGUGCUGUGGUGGUGUCCUCACUCGCCUCGCUUCCUCGUCGCACAGGGGCGCAUCGACGAGGCAAAGCAGGUGCUGGCCAAGUACCAUGCCAACGGCGACAUGGACGACGAGCUGGUGGCGUUCGAGCUCAAUUCGAUCGUGGCCGCCGUCGCAUCCGACAAGGACAACCACUCGUCUUUCAAGGAGCUCGUCGCCACCAAGGGUAACAGAUGGAGGACGUACAUCAUCGUCGUUCUCGCAGUCGUCACACAGUGGGGCGGCAACGGUGUCGUUUCCUACUACCUUCCCGAGGUGCUCUCUAGUGUCGGCGUCACAGCCACACGGACCCAGGCUGCCUUCAACGGAGGCCUGGCCGUCUUCAACCUCAUCGUGUCGACGAGCGCGGCCCUGAUGUCAGAGAAGCUAGGCCGGCGCCCGCUGUUCAUCACCUCUGCCGUGGGCAUGUUCUGUUCCUUCAUCGUCAUCACCGCCCUCUCGGCCACAUUUGCCAAGACGGGCGAGCCCGGAUCGGGACGCGGCGUCAUUGCAUUCCUCUUUGUCUUCUUCUUCUUUUACGACAUUGCCCUCACCCCGCUCGCCGUGUCGUACCCCGCCGAGAUUCUCACGUACCGGAUCAGGUCCAAGGGCAUGGCCGUCUCCAUCUCGACGGUCGCCGUUGCGCUCGUCUUCAACAUCUUUGUCAACCCGAUUGCCCUGGCCGCCAUCGCAUGGAAGUUCUACCUCGUCUACGUGGCCGUGCUUCUCUUUUUCCUCAUCAACGUCUUGUUCCUCUUCCCCGAGACAAAGGGCAAGACCGUCGAGGAGAUCCAGGUCCUCUUUGACGGCGCCAACUCCCCCGAUCUGCCGGAGCUCUCCUACCGCGGCUCAGACAGUAACUCUCUGACAGAUGUCAAGGCGUGA